AAAAAAAUGAACAGGCUUGUUUGCUGGUGAAAAAUGAAAAUAAUUAUUGAUAAAUAUUUCAUUUAGCUGUGAGUGUUUUUCAGGUUUCCGUUAUUUUUAUGUUUCAUUGAUUAUACAGAAAUAUUUAUUAACUAAAAAGUUAUGCUUCGCUGUCUGACACUGACAUCACAACGCAUUUAUUUGUUAGCCAUUUAACCGGUGGUAACGCUAUCCAAAAUCAUUUUGUAUGUUGUAAUUUGCAAAUUUAUGAACGUUGGUUCCGGUUGCCGUUCCGUAGUGUGCUGCUAUGGCGAAGAGGAAGAAGCCAGCAGCUAAGCCCGCUGCGACGAGGCGCACGAGUCGUCGCGGGAAGCAGACCGCCCCCGACCCCGCCACCGAAGGCGAGGCCUCCGCCCCCGCCGAUCCCGCGGUCGCUGAACCUCCUCCGGAGGAAACCCCAUCGACAUCACAGUCUAAUACAACAGAAAACGAUAACCAGGCCCAGUCUGAGCAACAGAAACCAGCUUUGCCUGUCACCAAACCCUGUCAAGUACCAAUAGUAGCUUUACACAAGAAAUUCGGCAAGUACCGAUGCUUAUUUGACAAUGAUGACAACUUUAUUAGAAAAUAUGAAGUAGGUAGUGAUAGUGAAACUAACAGUAGUGUAGAAAUAAGAGUGGUGGAUCCCUGUGCAAGUUCAGAGUCUGAUUCAAAUGCAGCUCCGGAUAACCAGUCAGAUACCCACACUGGAGCUUGCAACAGUCCUGUUAAUAGUACAAUAAGUGUGUUGCAAAGUCAAAAUAACUCCAGAGAUGUGUCACCUGUGCCUAUGCUGAGUGAAACUACUUCAGUCAGUGAAAUACCAUUGAUUGACAAAGAAGAAGUGGUAGAAGUUAAAGAAAACAUGGAGUCUAUAGCCUCCCCAGUCUUAGAAGUUCCUAAACCAGAAGUGGAAGUUGAGUGUGUGCCUGAACCUGUUCAGGAUUCACCUGUGGUUGUAGAAAAUAUACCACUAGAAACAAGUAAUGCUAAUGAACAUGAUCAUGACAGUAGUAAGCCCCAAGAAAUAACUUUGGAAGAGGAACAUAUGAACCAAAUACAGUUUGAGGGUGAUGAUGAUGAUGAUGAAGUCAUUACUAUAGUCCAAAUUGUUGAAGAUGACAACCCUGAACUGUACUACAAUAUCAAAAUAGAUAGUCCUAAAAAUGCAGAGAGCGAAGAUAGUGAGAGGAAACAGCAAGAUGUAGAAAUUCAAAGACAUUUCCAAAACCUUAACCUCACUAAUGCUUCUGAAGGAAAUACUUCAAUGGAUUGCAGUGAUUUGAAUGAAUCACUCUCAACAAGUUGCACCACCCCUGACCUCCAGUUUUGUAAAGAUAGUUUGGAGGUCCUGACCAGACCUGAUCCCAGUUUGACUCCCAGCUCCACACUGUCAGAUGACAGUAAUUCCUCACGAGUCACUGAACAGAAUCAAAACUUCUCAGACUCAGCUGAAUCUUCACCAACAGGGGUCCGGAGAUCUAGUCGAAUUAAGACUAUUAGUAACUUAAAGCAGAAAACCAAAGGAUAUGGGUUAGUAAAGACUCCUUUGAAGAAGGCCUUGAUCACUCAGACUAAGUUAAAGCUAGAGGAAUUAGGAUCUGACAGUCAAGAGAAGUCUUUAGAUCAGAUGCCGAGUAAUGCACCUAACUCACCAUCAUUUCCAGUGCCUUCUGACAUGCCUGUAAAAGUUAAGUCUAGGUGGAGGAGAUCCAGUGAGCUGGAGAUGGGGGCUGGUUCUCCUGUCAACUCUCCCCUGGCAAGUCCAAGCCUCCCUCAACGCAUGCCGCCCUUGGCAGAGGUGCAGAACUUUGAACCUGACCCAGCACCUCUUAGCAAGGAAGCUUAUGAAAAAAUUAUUGAAGACAGAAUGAAGCAAUACUUACAUUUGGAAGAGAAUGAGUAUUUAUGUGAGAGAAUGAUUAGUAAAGAGACUAAAAAAAUGACUUGUGACUGUUUUAUGACCAAAGAAGAGUUGGAAAGAGGUGAGCUAGCGUGUGGGGAAGACUGUUUAAAUAGAUUACUCAUGAUUGAAUGUAAUUCACGGUGUCCAGUUGGAGACAGGUGUACUAAUAGAAGAUUUCAGAAGAGAGAGAAUGCUCAGCUUAAGGUCUUCUAUGCUGACAAGAAAGGAUGUGGUGUGGAAGCUGCAGUUGACAUUGUUUCCGGUGAAUUCCUUAUGGAGUAUGUUGGUGAGGUGCUGGAUUAUGAGCAGUUCUACAAACGAGCGCAAGAGUACUCGGACGAGAACAACUUGCACCACUACUUCAUGUCCCUCAAAGGGGACACCGUCAUCGAUGCCACUAUGAAAGGGAACAUAUCCCGGUUCAUCAACCAUUCCUGUGACCCGAAUGCUGAGACACAGAAGUGGACCGUGAACGGAGAGCUGAGGAUAGGUUUCUUCAGCAAGAGAGACAUUCCUGUAGGGGAGGAGAUCACCUUUGACUACCAAUUCCAGAGAUUUGGAAAGGUGGCCCAGCGGUGCUAUUGUGGCGCCAGCAACUGUCGCGGAUGGAUCGGCGCCGAGCCCGACUCCGACGAUGAGUAUGACGAGGAGGAAGAGGACGUUUCUACCUCCAAGUCGGGCGCCGCUUCGGCUGCGGAGGGAGCCGCGGCCGAGGCGGCGCCGCCGCGGGCCCGGCGCCGCUCACGAAAGCCUAGGACUUACGCGCCCAAUGCACCGGACUUGGUUCAAGACGCCGACAUCGAAGAAGACCUCGAAGCGCUCAGCCGCACCGGCGUGAAGAAUCAAAGCCACACGCUGCGCCUCUCGCGGACCGUCGUACGCGCCAAGACACGGCGCGCGCAGGCGGCCCUGCUGCGGCUGCUGCGUGACGCCGACCUGCCCUGCCGCCGCCUGUUCCUCGACUACCGGGGCCUUAGGCUGCUGGCGCCCUGGGCCUCCGACGCGCCGCUGGACUUCCGCGCGGCCGCUGCUGACGUAGGCGACCUGCCCUGCCGCCGCCUGUUCCUCGACUACCGGGGCCUUAGGCUGCUGGCGCCCUGGGCCUCCGACGCGCCGCUGGACUUCCGCGCGGCCGCUGCUGACGUAGGCGACCUGCCCUGCCGCCGCCUGUUCCUCGACUACCGGGGCCUUAGGCUGCUGGCGCCCUGGGCCUCCGACGCGCCGCUGGACUUCCGCGCGGCCGCUGCUGACGUAGGCGACCUGCCCUGCCGCCGCCUGUUCCUCGACUACCGGGGCCUUAGGCUGCUGGCGCCCUGGGCAUCCGACGCGCCGCUGGACUUCCGGUAG